UCCGUUGUAUUAUACACAUAAGCGCCAUGUAGUCACCAAUACAGAGAAGUCGAAACGAGCCAGAAUGUCUGGCAAAUGCUAGAGUAAUUUUGCUGCUAAUCGUUUAGUGUGGAAAGAAGAAACGGCGCAAUCGAACGUGUAUCAUCGGAAGCCGCAUCAUUGCAUACGGAAAUAUAGUAUUUUUUAUAGAACAAUAAAAGCUUAUCAAGCGGUGUGGUUUUAAUGUGAACAUCUAAAACUUUAUGUUUCGGGAUGAAAAAGACUUUUUAAAAGCUAAUGAUUUUUAUAUAAUGAUAUCUAAGUCAAAUAAUACACAAGUGCCAACAGCAAAUAUAAGUAUUUUACAAAAGACACACACAACAAUCAAUAUGGCGAGUAAUGGCGCUGCGAACAAUCUUACAAACAAUUCAAAAAUGGGUUCUCGUCGAAUAUUUACCCCACAUUUUAAGCUUCAAGUAUUAGAAUCAUAUCGGAAAGAUAGUGAUUGCAAGGGCAAUCAACGGGCAACAGCUAGAAAGUAUAAUAUACAUAGAAGACAAAUUCAAAAGUGGUUGCAGUGUGAGUCGAAUUUAAGAUCAUCAGUUGCCAGUAUUAAUCACAGUGGAUCAAAACAUCAGUUUCAUAAUGUGAGUCAGCAACAACAGCAAGUGCCGAUUAUGAUCCCAACGAAUAACAAUAGUCAGUUCGGCUACCAUCACUUUGAAAGUAAAUCUCAGCAACUGCCCUUGGACACAGCCAGACACAGUGUCGCUACAAAUUCUACAACAGUGCCAUCAAUACCAGUUGUGGUUCCAUCAACGAAUGCAUCAACACAAGGGGUGUAUGCUGCGGCGAACUUGGCCGCCGUUGUGGCUGCCGCAGCUGCAGCGGGUGCUAUUGCGAUUGCCAGCACUUCAACUACAAAUACAUCGUCACCACUCUGUCAGACUGUAGUAAGUGGCAACGCCGCGGGAAUAUCGUCACCAAUACUUCACACUCACCACCUACAGCCCCACCACCACCAUCAUCAUCAUCAUUACGACACGCCAUAUACACAUACAUCUGCAAAUCCAAUGUCUAUACCAAUGCCUGUUCUAACACAUAUUUCCCCGCAACACCAUCGACAUUACCCAUACACUUUACCGCCGCAUACCCAUACACUGUUACAACCACAAUCUCGGGUGUCAACAGUACCGUCAUUAAUGCCGUCAAAUUGUCUACCUGUGACUGUUUUGUCUGCAACCGACUUGGCUUCUACAUGCCCACCACAAGCCAAUAUAGCCCUAGAGGAAGUUAUAUAUAAACGAAGUGAGGGAAUUAAUUCAAAUGAAUUGCAUGAGCAUGAAACGAAAAUAGUAGUGGAUAAUGAAGAUUGUUGUGGUCGUAUAGCUUUGAAUAAGUACAUCCAUAACACUUGCAUUGAAAAUGGAAAUCAAAAGGAUUAUGCCUUACAAAAUUAUAACGUAACACAAGAACCAUCAAAUACACCGUGCCUAACUGUUACACCAAUUGAUCUAUCUAUUGGUUCUCGUCGAGAGAAUGCUGAGAAUAUAAAUUGUAGUUUGAGACAUUUACCAAGAACUGAUGAUGUGGCCGAAAAUAAAAACGAGAGUGUCGUCGAUUUGACUUUUAGGAAACGCAAGGUUAUUUUGAGAAAUGACCAAACAAGUAAAGUAAUGCGAAAUUCAGAAAAUGAUUCAAACAAUUCAAUUGCAAGAGGUAAAGAAGCAAAUGAUAGUGAUGAUGACCAUAUUGAAGUGGAAAUGGAAGUAAUAUCACCCCCGCCGAAGCCAGUAAAAUUAUUUAAGCCAUACCUUUUAGAUGAAAAAGAUGAAAAAAUUGAAAAAGACGACGAAAUAGAAAUGAAGAGUACUUCGGAAAAAAACCAUUCUGAAGACAAAGAGAAAUGCAUAUCACCACGAUUUAGUGUGGAAAAUGAGAGACAAACAAAUAACUUUCACCUCUCCAAUGGAGCCGAUCAUAAUUUUCAAAUAGGGAGCACGUACUUUCAGGGAUGCAAGCCAAUAAAUCUUCCAAGUGCCUUUAAUAUGACGACAAUAUCAGCUUUAUCCCCAGUGAUCCCAUGUGCCGAAGGCUCUCCCGUUUCGGGAUAUGAAAGUUCAUCGUCAACAUAUAGCGAGUCAUCAUAUAAAGAAGACUUUUAUAGAAUUAAUGAAGACCGAGCUUGUAGUAUUGAUCUACAGGUGCACACAGUUUGUGACAAUUUAACUUGUCCAGAGAACUGUGUUCAGAAAUGGUUAAAUCACGACACAAACUCAAACCCACCGGCAACUAAUGCUUCCAUUGUUUUAUAUGCUUAAAUUUUAUAGAUUAUAAAAAUAUAUUAUUCUAUGUACGUACAUACAUUCAUACAUGUAUGCAGCAGAUUUUAAAUAAUGAAAACGUAAUGAAAGGAAGGAAUAAAUCUUUAGAGAGAUUUGAAGAAGGCUGUAUAAUGUAUUUAAAAGUAAUGGCAAUAACUAUUUAAUAUAUUUAUAAUAAAAGUUGACCAUUGUAUUAUAAAUAAGUUUGUUAUAUGAAGGGAUGUAAAUAACCCAUCAGGGUAAGAUUAGAGUAAAAUGUAAAGUCGUAAAAUUUAAAAUGCAAUAUAAAUCUUUUUGGAAAUCUAUGUUAAAACAUAUCAAAUUUAAAUUUAAACACGCUUAGAAUAUAAGUAUACAUUUGCGUACAUAGUAUAUGCAUUCACUGAUUUUAUAAUGUCAAUUAAAUAAUGUGGCUUAAAAAUAAAAGCUUUAAUUCAAAUCGAAAUUUAGGAAGUAAAAUAUGUAUAUCAUAUAUAAAGGAGUUUUAUAUUCAUAUAAGAUUUUAAAACAUUUGAAAUAUUAUUUCUAAGCUUGUAUAGAUACAGUUAUAAAAUAAAAUGAGCUGCAAUCAAAUAAGUGUAAUAAAAGUACAAACACUGAAUACACCUAUUUCGUUUACAUAAAUCAUCUUAAA